GGAGCUCAUCGCUGCGGAAAAAGGUGCUACCCCCAUCUUCUCACGCCUCCUUCCAUCGCAGUCGCACUCGUAACCUUCCUCCAUCAAAGUGUCCUGGGUCUCAGGCUACCCCUCGAACUUUCUUACCAUUUUUUCCACUACACGGAUUCUUCACUCUUCAUGUGGAUGCGAUAUCAACUAUUCGUGCCCUGUUCAAACGUGCUUCGAAAAUCACCGAGUUCUCUCACGAUAAAACAGCCAAUUCAACUUCAAAUACGCACUUACACAAUGGGGUCACGGCAUUUCAUGCAAACCACCGGAGGGACCGAUGCCGUGUGGGUGCAUAAACACAAGUAUGCCGACAGACCGCAAUUCCAAGCCCUCAGGACCGACAUCAAGACCGACAUCUGUAUCGUCGGCGCCGGAAUAGCCGGCAUCUCAGCCGCUUACGAGCUGGUCACCCGCGGCAAAGACGUCGUGCUGAUCGACGCCCGGGACGCCAUCUCGGGCGAAUCCAGCCGCACCAGCGCCCACCUCUCCAACGCCCUGGACGACGGCUACCUCGCCAUCGAGAAGAAGCACGGCCGCCACGGAGCCCGGGCCGCCGCCGAGAGCCACACCUGGGCCCUGAACCACGUCGGCGACGUCGCCAAGAAGCUCGGGAUCGAGUGCGAGUACCGCCACGUCCCCGGCUACGAGAUCUCGCAGUACCAACGCGGCGACGACGACGCGAACCACGCCAAGGACAUGCAGGAGCUGCAGGAAGAAGUUGCCCUGGCCAAGCAGCUCGGCUUGGACGUCGAGUUCCGACCCGAACUGGCCGUUAGGGGCUGGGACGGCAAGCCGGACCAGCGAGGCGGUGCCGUCUUUAACGGCCAGGCCGCCGUUCAUCCCACUAUGUACCUCGCCGGCGUCCUGAACUGGCUCGCGCAACAGCCCAACUUUCAGUGCUUCACCCACACCAGGAUGACGUCCGUCGAGGAGCAGAGCUCGGGUAUGCUCGGAACAGGGGGGAAAGUUGUCACCGUCAAGACGGAGAACGGGCGCACCAUCGAGUGCCACAACGCUAUCCAGGCCACCUGCGUCCCGCUGCAAAAACUCAGCAUCAUCGCCGAGAUGGAGUACUACCGCACCUACGCUAUCGCUAUCCGGAUCCCCAAGGGGUCGGUGGAGGAUUGUUUUAUUUAUGACUCGGCCGAGGCGUACAAGUACGUCCGCCUGACCGCCUGCGACGACAAGGACGAUUAUAUUGUUAUUGGUGGCUGCGACCACAAGGUCGGCCAGGAGAGCCCCGCCGGCCGGUUCGAGGAGCUGGAGACCUGGGUCCGGGAACGGUUCCCCCGCGCCGGCGCCGUCGACUACAAGUGGAGCGGCCAGAUCUACGAGCCGGUCGAUUACAUGGCCUUCAUCGGCAGGAAUCAGGGCUGCGACAACAUCUACGUCGUCACGGGCGACUCGGGCAACGGGCUCACGCACGGCGUGCUGGCGGGUCGUAUCCUCGCUGACGAGAUCGAGGGCAAGGCGAACCCCUGGGCCAAGCUGUAUGCGCCCAACCGGAUGGCUUCUAUUGCCAAGUCGCUGCCGUCUAUGAUUUCGCAUGACGUGCAGAUCAACUUGCAGUAUAAGCGCAUGGCGCAGUCGGAUAUCACCGACAUUGAGGACCUGGUGCCCGGGUCUGGUGGGGUGCUUAACCUGGCUCUUUCUAAGCCUGUUGCUGUGUACAAGGAUGAUGACGGCCAGGUCCACAAGAUGAGCGCCCUGUGUCCUCACAUGAAGGGUGUUGUGUGCUGGAAUCCGGCCGAGAGGUCGUUUGACUGUCCUGUGCAUGGGAGCAGGUUCUCCGAGACGGGUCUGUGUCUUAAUGGUCCGGCGAAGGCCAAUCUGCCGGCUGCUUAGUGAACCGGAUGUGUGUUUGGCUGCCUGUUGGUGUUAAUAUGGCAAUGUACUACUGUGUCAUGAGUUAAGUAUUUGACGUUUGAGAAUAUUUUCCAGAUGCCCCUGA